AUGACAGAGAUGUGCUUCUCCCCCUGCUCCAUAUUUCCCGGUGAAGUGGAGGACUACUACUGCACCAGCUGCCACACAACCUGCAGCGGUUUGUCGCUGCUUGUUGGUCCACACACAGGCCACAACCGUGUUCCGUUGAUCGAUGCUGCCACGUACCUUCCAGCGGCUCUGCAACGCGAUGCGAAUGCGCUUGUCAUGCGGAUUCAGGAAGAGUACAUUCGGCCAAAAACGACACACUGCAACACCCUCCAUACCACGUUGGCACACAUGCAGCAAGAGAGGCAAAAAAAGCGAAGAGAACUUGAAGAGCUUCAGCGUGAGUUGGGCACGCUUGAUGAGAAGAUCGAUAAUCUUACGGAGGAGUGCGCCAUAGCUCUUUGUCAUUGGUCCCAUCAGCGCGAUGGCUUCCUGAGUCAGGUGCGGCGACUGCUGCGGGGCGCAGAUGCCCUCGCAAGGACUCUCGGUAUACGAGAAAACCAACCAAUUGGCACUGAACGCCGCGUGGAUGUCGACAUUGCGGCAUCAACCAACUUCCCUCCAUCCUGCGCGCUGCGGGCGGUGAGGAAAGAACUGCAUGAAGUAAGACGACUGCUGACACAACCGCUUGAGUGGUUGGAGCAGGAGGACGAGGAAGACAAGGAGGAAAGGGGUGAAGGAGGGAAAGAACUUCGGCUGAGCCAUCCUGUGAGGAACGGUGCGGAUGCCGUCGUCAGUCAUAGAAGCAAAAAGGAAGAUUACGGGCAACUCAGCGGCACAAGUAGGACGCCCCGCCACGCCAAUGACCAUACAUUGGUAUCAUCUGACGCCGAGGCUGUGUUGCAACAGCUCCUCGCGGCACACAUGAAACGGCAAGGAGAGCCGCACACACAAAAAUCGCCAUCCGCUCGGGCUUACGUUGCCGAAGUUGAGGGGACGAGUAGCUGCGAUUCACACAAUGAUGUGCAGGUAACGGCGGAACGACGGCGUUGGAAGAACGACUUCAAGCGGAGGGAGAGACUUCUGCGUGAGGGCCUCAAUGUUUGUAUGCGCGAAGGCUUUUUUCCGGGGCGAACAACAACGAAAAUUGCAGGGGGUGUUGAGACCGACGUCAAUGACAUGAGCAGCAGUGACAGUGUCAAGGAAGCCGUGGCUCAUCUGCUACGCAACUCUCAAAAUGAUAUUUUCAUUAACACGACCCCGCGCCAACAGCAUCGACCUCCCUCCUGCGCACUGGCGUCUGAGGAGGACUAG